GACGGCACCAGUCUGCGCGGAACCGGCGCCCCGCGACCAUCCCCAGAGCACCGCGCCGCCGCCUCGCACCGCGCCCCGCCGAGCGUCCGCACGAGAGCGCGCUCGUAGCCCGGCCACGGCCCAGCCACGGCCCAGCGGGGGACCGGCGCCCGCACAGCAUGCAGUAGCGACAGCCGCAAGCGGCGGCGAACCCCUGGAACUAUGAGACUGCCGUUGGGAUACCCGGAGCUCCUGGCCACCCUCCUCACGCUGCUGGGCCUCAUUCCAGAGAGCCUGACAAGCUGGGAGGAGUGGUGGACCUACGACGGCAUUUCAGGUCCGGGCUUUUGGGGGCUCAUCAACCCACAGUGGGGUCUGUGCAGCAAGGGACGGCGCCAGUCCCCCGUGGACAUCCAGCCCGACAAGCUGCUGUACGACCCUCGGCUGCGGCCGCUACAUGUCGAUAAGCACAAGAUAAGCGGGUCCCUUUUCAACACCGGCCAGUCACUGGUACUGCGCGUCGACCAGGACUCGAAGCACCACGUCAACAUCUCGGGCGGACCGCUGGACUACCGCUACCAGCUGGUGGAGGGCUACAUCCACUACGGCACGCACGACGGCCACGGCUCGGAGCACCGCGUCAACGGAUACUCCUUCCCCGCCGAGAUCCAGCUGUACGGCUUCAACGCCGAGCUGUACCACAACAUGUCGGAGGCGCAGCACAAGUCGCAGGGCAUCGUGGCCAUCUCCCUCAUGCUGCAGAUUGGUGACCGGCCCAACCCGGAGCUCAGGGUCAUCACCAGCUCGUUCGGCCAGGUCGGCUUCCGCGGCCAGUCCGCGCCCAUCCGCCACCUGUCGGUGCGCGCGCUCCUGCCCGACACGGACCACUACAUGACGUACGAGGGCAGCACCACCCACCCGGGCUGCUGGGAGACCACCGUCUGGAUCCUGCUCAACAAGCCCAUCUACAUCACCAAGCAGGAGCUGUACGCGCUGCGCAAGCUGAUGCAAGGCUCCCCCGAGACACCCAAGGCCCCGCUGGGCAACAACGCUAGGCCACUGCAGUCGCUCAACCACCGCACCGUACGGACCAACAUCGACUUCUUCAGGGAGAAGGAUAAAAAUUGCCCAACGAUGUACAAAGAUCACUACUAUCAGGCUACAUGGGGUGAAGAAAAUCGAUUGCAGGGACGGAACUUCGCUGAUACCUCGCGAUGAAGCGAUUGGAUCUACAGAUCAAAUGCUGGAAAUUUAGCGGUGGAUUCCCAUGUUAAUUAUUUUUUGCGCUGACUGAUUUAAUUCCAUUUGACGAACACCAAAGAUAAAUGUCAAUUCAAGAUGCAAUGGUGCAACUUUGAGUCAAUUCGCUGAGACCUGUUUGCUGAAAUUAAUUUGGAAACUACACGUGUUUGCCAAAACCUUCGUAAAGUAUUAUUGAUGGGUAGCUAGCGGUAGAUAAGCACGUGUUGUUAAACAGUACUCUCUAACAGAAAAUUCGAGGCGACUUUGUUUUCAUCGACUGUCUUCCUAAAAGGAACUUUACCUGUCUCUUAUCUAUUUUUCAUAUGAGGUAGUGUUUGGCAUCUAGAUAUCGGUAGGGAAAAGUUUUUGUUUUGAAAAAAGAAGAAGAACAAAAAGUUACAUAUCUUCGAAAUCCGAUUUUGCUUUCAUAAAAUGCUAGAAAUUUCAAUACAGAAAAAUAAAAUAAAUCUGGCAGAUGGGGUGAAUCAUUCUGCUGGCUAACAGAGGAACGCGAACUUUAAAUGAAAUAAGCUUUGCUGAUUAGAUUAUUUUGUAUCAUCUGUAGACAUCAAAUAGAUCAACAGAGUUGCAGUAAAUGUUACGGAGUGAUUCAUCCCUCAAGAGCAGACCAGCCAGCCAUCCCCCCAAAAUUUUGAAAACUUGUGACUAGAGUAGCGAAAGUCUUCAUAAUAACCAAAUCGUUUGAGCUUGCUGUCACAUACAAUAAUUUGUUACUAAACUUUGCCCUAGCAUAUUGCAAAAUCUUAAUCGCGCUAAUCGCGCACCGAAGAAAUGUGUCGUUUCGAUAAUAUCGGCAGCACUAUGCUUGAAAGCUGCUCAAGAAAAGCCGCAAACGUUUCUAAAGAAAGAAAAGGUCUGGGAAAUGGCUAGCGUGUUUUAAGGACUUCCGUUCCAUUCCUGUAUGUAAAAAAACAACAAAGAAACAAUAAGCUUAUUUGCUACAGAUGUGUUCUAAAAGUACUGAGAUGCAGCUAGGAGACGGUGUAGAGUGAUUGUUGAGUAGAAUUAAGUUUAUAAAACCUAAGUGUUUUUCGUUAAAA